AUGCUGAACUUUCAACUCGGAUUGAACUCUCUAAUUGAAAACAUACAGAGACAGAAGAAUCAAUACUCCUUUACAUUGCCAAUGGUGAUGUUCGACCAAGUAACGGUCGCCAGUAAUGAAAGUAGCAGUUGGGAUCAUGAAGAAAUGAAGACAGUAAACCGAAGCUGUCGUGCGUCGCUGACACCGCCCGCUACUAACGAGGGACUCGUCAUGACGGCAUCUGGCACUGAUCACGUAGCUGCAGCAAUUCACAACACUAACGUAACCAAUGGAGCGAAUGCUCAGCAGUAUACCGUUGAAUACUUAUCACAAUUGCUCAAGGAUAAAAAGCAACUGGCUGCUUUUCCAAAUGUUUUUCAUCACUUGGAAAGAUUAGCAGAUGAAGAAAUUAGCAAAGUAAGAAUAGCUCUUUUCCAAUUUGAGUUCACCAAAGAACAAAUGAUGUUGCCUGAUCCCGAUGGUGAAGUCCAAGUUAUAACAGAAAAAGUUUUCGUCCCUGCUAAGGAACAUCCAGAUUAUAAUUUUGUUGGGAGAAUAUUAGGCCCACGUGGUAUGACAGCAAAGCAGUUGGAACAGGAGACGGGUUGUAAAAUUAUGGUUCGUGGCCGUGGAUCGAUGAGGGAUAAAAAGAAGGAAGAAUUAAACAGAGGGAAGCCUAACUGGGAACAUCUUUCUGAGGAAUUACAUGUACUCAUCCAAUGUGAAGAUACUCCUAACCGUGCUCGGGUCAAACUAGCACGAGCUGUUGACGAAGUUAAAAAACUGCUUGUUCCUGCUCCCGAAGGUGAAGAUGAACUUAAGCGAAAACAGCUGAUGGAGUUGGCUAUUAUUAAUGGAACAUACAGAUCAGCCAAUGAACAAGCAGCGGCUGCAGCUGCCCAAUUAGCUGCUAAACAGCCUAACACUUUGGCUGCUGCUUUACAAGCUGCUGCGUUAGCUCAAGCUAGAGGAGUUACAAUGCUGAGCGGCACACAAUCAUUAGCUCGUUCUCCAACCCUUUCCGUUGCCGGAGCACCAAUUGUCAUGAGUCCCGGAAGAGGACAGAAUUCAACAGCAAACACAACUCAGCAGAUGAUUCAACUUCAAUCACAAUUAGGAGCUGCUGCAGUUGCUCAAAGCAGUGCCGCUGUUGCUGCGCAACAAGCAGCUCUUCUCCAGCAACAACAGGCGGCCGAGUAUCAACAACUAUUGUUAAGUCAGGGAAUUUCUUUCGAUGCCUUAACAGGAGCAGCAGUCCAAUACCAGCCGCAGACAGCGGCCUACAAUGCUGCGCUCCUGAAUCAACAGUAUGCUGAAUACGCGGGUGUGGAUUUAACUUCGGCUCAAACUACUCCUGGUGCCAUGAUUAACCAACGUCGUGUAUUGGGAACGUCCAGAGAACAUCCUUACAAGCCCUAA